GAAAGUCGUACUUACCUGGUUGUUUUUGAGUUUGGCGCAGCGGCUAGCUCGCGGCAGAUAGGCGUACAGCAGCUAGGAAGCGAGGAGGAGAUGUCGUGGAAUCGAGACUGGAGCGUGGAGACGUGGCUAGAGGCCCUGGGGCUCGGCUCCUACACAGAGCCCUUCCUGGACAACGGCUACGACCUCCAGGAGCUUUGCGCCAAUCUCAAGGCGGAGGACCUUGACGCCAUUGGGGUCGAAGACGAGGCUCACAGAGCUAGGAUCUUUGCCGAUGCGUCCAAGCUCCGCGACGAGGCACGAGCUCGCUUCAAGAAGAGCAAGGGCGGCGGCAGCUCGGGUAGCACGGACCACUCCGGCUCCCUGGGCAGCCGGGGCUCGUUCCCUGCCUACUCGGAGCCCUGGAGCGAGGACUCCCAGCAGCAAAAGCACGUCUACUCGGAGGUCUGGGAGCAGUCCCCGCCGACGGACGGCGGCGGCGUUGGAGGUAUCACCCCAGCUCUGGCCCAGCUCAUGAUGCCCAAUGGCAGCAGUGGCGGCGAAAAGCACAAAGGACACACGUUUCCGCCCGUGCCUCCCUCGAAGGUUCCCAGGAAGAAGCUCCCUACCUCGCCCGGCCCUGUCGGAUCCCAGGUUUCGUUCACCUUACCGGCCCCUCCGGCGGCGCCUUCGGGCACUAGCGGCGGUGGUGGGGUGCUAAACAAGUUGCAGCUGAAGCUCAAAGUGCUGGAGGAGCUGCAGAAGGACAGGGUCAUUCUAUCUGAGCCUCCGUACUGCAAGGAGGAUGGGUGUAUGGACGAGGAGAGAGUGUCGGAGCUGUGCCAGACCUACUCGGAGAGGUUCAGCAUCGAGCCGUCUCAGAUCAUGGACACCAUGAGAGUCAUCUGCAAGGCUGCUGACCCAAAAACUCAAGAUCAACCUGAUGGUACCAACCUAUCUGUGAAGAAUCCUCCACUCCUCCGCACUUCUGAUGCCUAUGAGGAGCCACUUGAUGUUAUGAAAGACGACCUAUCAACAUUCAAGGAUCCUGUGACUCCCACCUCUCCACUCAAGAAAUCACCACCAAGGAAGAGAGACAGCCCUCAGUUCCAGCAGAAACCAAAACCUUCAAGUAGUGACAGUAGUCCAGAGCCCAAGAGACGAGGAGGGUCCCCCAGAUCACCACCCCAUGAUGUCUCCCCAGUCACAUCUCCCAAGGAACACAGGAAGUUUGGAUUCUUCAGCAAGAAGGCCAAGAAGAAACCAGUUCGCUCCAACUCUGUCAAAGAAGGAGGAAGAGCAGGGAAGGCAGUACUGCUUCCUAGGAAAUCAAACGAAGAGGGAGCUGGAGUAGUUGCAACUCCAUCACCUCUGUCGUCCAAGAAACGACCAGCCCGGCCGUCUCUCUCCCUCACCUCUCCUCCCUCCUCACCUUCCUCCACCACUGGCCUCAAGACAUCUGGGAAUAAACACAGGACCGUCAGUGUCAGCAGUACCUCCACCACAGGCUCCGAGACCAGUCCACCAGCCCCCAAAGUCAGUCAACUCAAGAAAAGCUCUACACCUUCCCAACUGACGCUGCCUCACAGCCCUACACACAAACCAAACACUUUUGGAGUCGAAAAUAGAUUUGCAUUUUCCGCAUGCACUAAAUUACAUACUACACCAGACUAAAUUUUUUACAACUUUUUCUUGUACGUUUGUACUUUUUUACUUUUCAAUCAGAGUGCAUAGGAAUCAAAAAAUAUGUUUCUCGCUUUUUUGUACAGAAAUUUGGAAUUAUGAGAUUUUCUGAACGGUCCCCAACUCUCCAAAGAAAGGCUAAAACGGUUGGCAGAGGGAAAGGCACUCUGGAGUCAUCACUAACGGCCUCUGAUAUGGCGUUGGAUAGAGUGGGGGAGAGUUCGGAGCCCGAGGGGGCAGGAGGGGAGCGACUGCGGGGAGCUCAGAGCCACAACGAUCUCCUGAACACCCAGUUCUCCGUGGACAGUCCAGCCACCGGCCAGAGGAGGAAGGUGGAGAGUAAGGAUAAGAGAGGCGGGCUGUUGGGGCUACUGAAGAGGAAGACGAUGGGAGGGAAGAGAGGGAGGAAGGGGAAGGAGAAGAGGGAGGGAGAGGAGGAGAGAUGGAGAGAGGAUGGAGGGGAUGGACCAUCAUUUCUCACUGCUUCCGUGAGCCUUCCAAACAUUGCAGCUGCAGGAGCUCAACUGGGAGAUAAGGUGACUACCGCCCCAUCACCACUGGCUACUCCAAUGCAGCAGACACCCACUGAGCAUAAGAAAAGUGCCACGGUACCUCCAAAACCGUCCCGUCGCACCCUCCUCCAUCCCCCCAUCAAAAUACCUCCACCGUCUCCCGAAACCUCUCCUCUACCCCAGCGCAGAGUCCAGCAAUCAACGGGGGAGUCCCCAGGUGAUCGCCUCAUCCCAAUCAAGGACGGCGGCGGUCCCGGUCGAGGAGGGACUGGAGAGGAAAUAUCGUCCUGGAACCCGGUCUCGCCCUCUCACCUCAUCCUGAACCCACCUCGAGGGUUCGAAUCAGACGUGUUUGCCGGUACGGCACCUCACGAGCAAGUCUCUGACUUUGGAGAGCCGUCAUCGUAUAGAAACUCUCUGCGAGACUCUGUCACCAGCUACCACUCCGCUGCGUCGGACACGGUCGGUGGAUCACUAACAAGGAAUGGUGACGUGGCCAGCAGCGUUGGGUCGGAGAACUCUCUGGUGUUUGGAUCGUGUACCAGUGGCACCAGCUCGGUGUCUCUAGCCAAGACUAGCAGUGGUGGGAGUGCCAAGAAACCGCCACCCCCACCAAAACCAAAGUCGCUGGAGAGAAGUAGGACUAGAGGAGGGAGAGUGAGCGGGCCACGGGUGGUAUCACCUGAUCCACGACCUACUUCACCUCCUGCAAAGAGAGAGGAAGAGGUGACUAAUGCGAGGACUAACAAAAGGGUCGCCCCGCCAAAGAAGCCACCACGGGCUAGUCGAGGAUCAGUAAAGAAUAGCUUUGCUGUUGAAUUCCCUGAAAGGACAGAGAAAGGGGAGGAAAGAGGAGAACAAGAAGAAGGGGGGAAAGGGAAGAAAGUGGUGCCACCACCUAAGCCUGCGAGGAGACACAAAUCAAUGAAAACAGCAAAAAUUGAUCAAGAGCCCGUGGCUCCACGGACAAAGUCGCAGACCAUGCAACACCCUCGCUCUGUCUCCGGAAGCUCCCAGACCUCGCCAGUGUUAAACGGGCCCCGAGAGGCCCUGCGGCUCCCAGGAAACCAAUCCCCGCCCCGAAACCUCGGUCAUCUCUCAGUCAGUCGCCUCCUCCGCCGACUCUGGCAGAGUCAAUCGCUGCCAGGCUGUCAGAGGAGGGCAUCGACCUCACUGUUCCACCGUACUCUACCAUGUGGGGGGAGUGGGGUGUCCCAGCUCUCCUGCUAUCACGAUAUGCACAGGACCUUGACCAGCCUCCAGAGCAGAUUGCUCUGCUAAUGGAUGGCAUCAGAAUACAGAACCUAAAGAAGGAAUCCAGGGAGUUUAAACCGAUGAAAAUGGCAGACUGUAUGCGGCACAGUGCCAUCUCCACGGACUCCAUCUCCAACUUCCUCACCUCCAUUGGACUCCCCAUGUAUGCCUCAGUCUUCACAGGGUUCUACAACGUCGCCAGUCUCCGCGGUCUCAAGGAUAAAACAAUGGAGGAGCUCGGUAUUGCUCCUAAUCACAGGGGCAUACUCAUGGAACAGAUUCGCCACACAAACUAGCUAGCCAUCUUUGUUUUCAGCCCAUCCUGUACAUUUUUGAUCCAUUUCUCAUUGUGAUAUUUUAACACUGGCUGUUUGUUGUUGUAUAUAGACAUUGUUUCUCUGUGUUUGCGUUGUUUUUAUUGUUGACUACAGCAAGCUAUAUUUUCCAUCAGCAUAAUAAUUUUCUAUCAGUGGAUAGUGUUAAAAAAACUGGC